AUGGCAUUUUCACCUCAAUCAACAAGAACCUUGGAUAAAUUAACACCUAUAGCACCACAACAAACUUUAUUACAACAACAAUUACAACAGUCAAUUACUACGGUCCUCCCGCCUUCUACAGCACAACCUAACAAUAUAAAUAAUAACAGUGCAUUGGAUAAUUGUAAAUUGUCUACAACCUUUAAUUGUAAUAAUGGAUGUGCUUGGAGAAUGUGUAUGUUUCCACAUGGAUAUAAGACUGAGCAACAUUUUUCAUUAUUUCUUUACGCGUUCCAAACUGAUUAUGAAAAAAAUCAUGGAAUUCAAUUGAGAACUAUUAAAUAUGUAUUUGAAUUGUUCAAAGUUCAAACUAAUCCAGCCACAUUCAAAGCUGAAUUGAAACCUAUAGAUAUUAGUCAAUCAAUUUUCAAGAAAAGUUUUAACCUUGAUCAGAAAGGUGACAGUGGAGGGAAAGCUAAAUUCUGCGAGUUAACAAGUCUAUUUCCAAACAAUGACACAACUAUCGAAGUUGAUGUCAUGAUUAGAACAAAAUUAUAUCUCGAGGAUAAUUUACAAUCGAGCAACAACGACAUCAUUAGUAACUUUUUUAACAGCAUUGGUAGUAAUGCUAACAAGUUUCAACCUUCCUUGGAAUCUUAUUUCAAUAAUAAUAAUUUUAGUGAUGUGACUUUUAGUUUUAGCGAUGAAUCUGAAAUUAAAGCUUCAAGAUUGGCGUUGUCUAUGCGUUCAAAUUAUUUUAAUAAGAUGUUUAAUGGUGAAUGGGCCGAGUCUAAGGCAAAUACAAUUCGUAUCGACGAUGUAACCUAUCAAUGUUUUAAAUCAUUAAUUUACUUUUUAUAUACCGGUGUAUUAAGUGAUGAUCUACCGUUCAAUGUAUUGAAGGAUUUGUGUGUUGAAGCUGAUAACAAAGAUAUCCCAGAGUUGGGCAGAUUGGUUGUUUCUAGAAUCACUGACCAUGCUAGUAGCUAUGAUUGGGCUGAUAUUUUAUUACUUGGUUGGAAAAUCAAGAAUCUUUCGUUGAAAAACUUGGCGUUACAAUAUAUUCAUGACAAUUGGGAAAUUAUUAAGAGAGAAAGAAUGAUUUAUGAUUUGAUGUCACGCGCUGAUGCUGAACAAGAUCAACCAAAAAUUGAUAAUAAAAGAGUCAAGCAUGUUCAUCGUAUUGAGUCUAAUGUACCAGGUGAAUAUGAACACAUUAUUACAAGUGAUCGACUAUUAGCAAAAUUCAAGGUUAGUGGAUGUUGUUUAUCUGCCUACUCAAUUGAAGUAGAUGACAAAGAUGAUAUUGAAGCAGAAAUAUCACCAUUCGAGGAAGCAAGAUUUGAGACGGGUGGUAAUGGACGACCUCUUAAUAAUGUUGAUACUCCAAAACUUGAUAUUGUAAACUUCACGAAAGCAUUCUAA